AUGGCUGACUUCAACACCGUCGCUCAACAGUUUGUGCAGUUCUACUACCAGACCUUUGACACAAACCGCGCUGGCCUGGCUGGUCUCUACCGUGACCAGUCUAUGCUUACCUUCGAGACCAGCUCGGUCCAGGGUGUCGGUGCCAUCACUGAGAAGCUCGGCGGCCUGCCCUUCCAGAAGGUUCAGCACCAGAUUGCCACCUUCGACGCCCAGCCCUCCAGUGGAGAUGGCAUCGUUGUGCUUGUUACCGGCGCCCUCCUGGUCGACGAGGAGCAGAAGCCCAUGAACUACACCCAGUGCUUCAAGCUGCAGCCCGAUGGUGCCGGAAGCUACUUCGUGCUCAACGACGUCUUCCGUCUGAUCUACAGCGCCCAGUAAAUUAUGGGCCCCGAAACAAAUACCACGACGCCAUGACAGGAGGAUGUGUU